AUGGCUGAAGACUGCAAGUUUAUGAGUAUGGAUGCAGAGGAGAAAGAAACAGUCAAGACCCCAUCGAAUUGCAAGAAACAUCAUGCAAAAGGCGAAGAAGAUGAAAAUCCAUCGGGCCCCUCGAAACCGGAAAAGCCCAAAGAUCCAACCACCUACGACCCGAACAAACCCGGCCCAAAUCCCGAGCAAGACCAGCCCGUAGAUACGGAAGGUGGCCCGAACGAGAAGGCCCAUAAAAAGCCCGACAAGAUCCUCCCAUGCCCCCGGUGCAACAGCACAGACACCAAAUUCUGCUACUUCAACAACUACAACGUGAACCAGCCGCGCCACCUGUGCAGGAACUGCCAGCGCUACUGGACAGCUGGCGGCACCAUGAGAAACGUUCCCGUGGGCGCCGGCCGCCGUAAGAACAAGUGCUCCUCCUCCAAUUCCGCCCAUCUCCGCCACGUGGCGCUGGGCCCUCCCGAGGCCCUUCUGGGCCCCACCGUCCUCACUUUCGGUGGGGGCCCAGACUCCUCGCCCCUCCUCUGCAACUCCAUCGUCGACCAAACGGGCCGGGCCGGGCCUGGGCCCGCGCGGUGGGCCUACCGACCUUGGGGGCCCGUCAAGUGGGGCCCACCGUCGUUCUACCAUGUGGGGUGGAGCGUGCCGUGCGUUGGGCCAGGCCCCACUGUUUUCGGGCCGGGCUCGCCGACGGCUCUCGGGAAGCACUCGCGGGAGACUGAGGUGGGGAAGGAGAAGGAGAAGGGGUGUGAUGGCGAGAAGUGUUUGUGGGUCCCAAAGACUGUGAGGAUCGACGACCCGAGAGAAGCGGCCAAGAGCUCAAUUUGGGCGACUUUGGGUAUAAAGAAGAAGGCAUUUGGGCUGAAGCCCAAAAGGGAGGGGAAGGCCCAUGUCUCGGAAGCUUCAACGGUGUUGCAAGCUAAUCCGGCGGCUUUGUCGAGGGCGUUGAGUUUCCACGAGAGCUCAUGA